AUGACCGCCGAUCUCCCCGAGAUCAUGCGCUCGCUGAACCAGCUCUUCACCUCGGGCAACGUUUUAUACUUUAACAUAUCUAAUACUUCCGUGUGGAUUGUGGUCAUGUGCAACGACUAUGCCCGGCAUCGAGACUCGGGUCAGUUCUCAGUGUUUCAAGGCAGGCGGUCUGCUGCUGACCCGGACCUCGAGAGGAACAUGAUCCCAAUCUGCCUGGCAUAG